GAAGAACAUUUCGAUUCUUACUAGCUGGAUCUGAAAGAUUCCAGAGUCAUUUGAGGGUUGGACACUAGUCAUUGACUUACCACUGUUAGAAGAUUUUCACUCCUUGUAGAGGAGGAUUCUUUUUGGAAAGACUGUGGGGCCUAAUGCUGGUAUUUGGGAUACUGUGGCUGAGUGGCUUUAAGAACAUAGAGCAGGAAAGCAUUUACAAAUGUCUUAUUUUAUUCCAAAACUGAAUUUACUUUUGAUCACUUCAUUUAUAAGAUCCAUCAUGUUACACAGAAUGGAGGACUGUAUAAAAGACCAUUUAACGAAGCUUUUGAGGAAACACCCAUGCUGGUUGCUGUGCUUACUUAUGUGGGGUAUGGUGUACUCACCCUCUUUGGAUACCUUCGAGAUUUCUUGAGGCAUUGGAGAAUUGAAAAGUGUCACUAUGCAACAGAAAGAGAAGAGCAAAAGGACUUUGUGUCAUUGUAUCAGGAUUUUGAAAACUUCUAUACAAGGAACCUUUACAUGAGGAUUAGGGACAACUGGAAUCGACCAAUCUGUAGUGUGCCUGGAGCCAGGGUGGACAUCAUGGAGAGACAGUCUCAUGAUUACAACUGGUCAUUCAGGUACACAGGGAAUACAAUUAAAGGUGUUAUAAACAUGGGUUCCUACAACUAUCUUGGAUUUGCACGGAAUACCGGAUCAUGUCAGGAGGCAGCUGCCAAAGUCCUAGAGGAAUAUGGAGUUGGCGUGUGCAGCACUCGACAGGAAAUUGGAAACCUGGACAAGCAUGAAGAACUAGAAAAACUUGUGGCAAGUUUCUUGGGAGUAGAAGCUGCUAUGGCAUAUGGCAUGGGGUUUGCAACAAAUUCAAUGAACAUUCCUGCUCUUGUUAGCAAAGGUUGCUUGAUUCUGAGUGAUGAACUGAACCAUGCAUCACUGGUUCUAGGAGCCCGACUCUCAGGAGCAACCAUUCGAAUCUUCAAACACAACAAUAUGCAAAGCCUAGAGAAGCUAUUGAAAGAUGCCAUUGUCUAUGGUCAGCCUCGGACACGAAGGCCCUGGAAGAAGAUUCUAAUCCUUGUGGAGGGAAUAUAUAGCAUGGAGGGAUCUAUUGUUCGCCUUCCUGAAGUGAUUGCCCUUAAGAAGAAGUACAAGGCGUACUUGUAUCUAGAUGAAGCUCACAGCAUUGGGGCUCUGGGCCCUGCAGGCCGAGGUGUGGUAGAUUACUUUGGCCUGGAUCCUGAGGAUGUGGACAUUAUGAUGGGAACAUUCACCAAGAGCUUUGGUGCUUCUGGAGGAUACAUUGGAGGCAAGAAGGAGCUGAUAGACUACCUGCGAACACAUUCUCAUAGUGCAGUUUACGCCACGUCCAUGUCACCACCUGUUGUGCAACAGAUCAUCACCUCCAUGGAGUGCAUCAUGGGGAAGGAUGGCACCACCCUGGGCAAAGAGUGUAUACAACAGUUAGCUGAAAAUACCAGGUAUUUCAGGAGACGUCUGAAAGAGAUGGGCUUCAUCAUCUAUGGAAAUGAAGAUUCUCCAGUGGUGCCUUUGAUGCUCUACAUGCCAGCCAAAAUCGGCGCCUUUGGACGGGAGAUGCUGAAGCGGAACAUUGGAGUAGUUGUGGUGGGAUUUCCGGCUACCCCGAUCAUUGAGUCCAGAGCCAGGUUUUGCCUGUCGGCAGCUCAUACCAAAGAAAUACUUGAUACUGCUUUAAAGGAGAUAGAUGAAGUCGGGGACCUGUUGCAGCUGAAGUAUUCCCGUCAUCGGUUGGUACCUCUGCUGGACAGGCCCUUUGAUGAGACUACGUAUGAAGAAACAGAAGACUGAGCCUUUUUAGUGCUCCCUUAAAGAAUCUCUUCCUCACCCAGGACAGUGUGUGGCCUUCUGAGCCAGGUCCAGGAACCACACUUCUGUGGCCGUCUCAUGUGAAAGACAUUUUCUCAGCUCCUGACGGUGGCCACCUCCACUCUAAGUGGCAUUUUGUAAAUAGUGAAAAACUGCUUCACGUCUUCCUUUGCUACAUUUCACCUUUUAAAAAAGGUGACUCACUUUGCUAUUUUGUCCAUUAAAAAUGUUUUAUUUUAUAACUAUUCUACUUGUGAAAUCACGCUGACCCUAGCCUGUCUCUGCUGACCACUCAGGCACCUCGCAGACUUGGGCCCAUCUGCAGCUUCUGGCCCCGGCAGCCCAGCCGCGACGCACCUGCCCUCCCUGAGAGCGAGUGCCUUCCGCUGACGUCCCUCCGGGCCCCGAGGCUGCCGGCCUUGGAGCCCUUCUCUAGCCAGUCAAGUAACCAACCAAAGGGUUCUGCUUUUAGUCUUAAGUUUAGCCUUUUUAAAAAACCAGUAAACACUAACACUCUUGAAAUCCCCCCUCGCUGUGUAACUCUCCCUGGUCUAGAGCCUCCCAAGGCUUGGUCUCGUUCCAUUUACUGGAAUAGAACAAGGGUGUCUUCGUUCACCACCAAAUACUUCUUCACGAUGCUCACUGUCUGAGGUUAUGUCCAAUUUCUGGGUCCUUCCCAAGCUCUAAGCUAACCCCACAUCUAUUUGGAACACUUACAUUGUUUCAAAGGUCCCACAUCCCAGCCUGAUCAGACCUCCCUGGUGAA